UACCUCUCGCGUUUCUUUCUUUGUUGCCGCGCGCUUUUCUUUCCAACGACUCCUUCAGUCAAGACUUAGGCUUAGAUCCACCAUUAUAUAAACAAGUGUGGGAAAAUUAUUGAUUCAGUAGUAGUCUUAAGUUUGUUCUCAAAAUUCAUCUUGGCCUUGCUUAUUUUGCAGUAAUAGAUAUGGUGAGAUCUGGCUGUGCUGCGGCAGAUAAUAGAAGAAUGACGGAAGAAAAUCUAAACCAUAAAGAAAAGAAAGCAAAAUCGGAUGCAGAACAGAGAAGAAGAAUAAGAGAAGAAUAUGAAAAGCUUACAGUGACAGAACAGCCCAAGAAACAGAUGAAGGCAGCCAAAUCGAACACAAAUAUAUCUUCUCCUUCAAAACAUGGAAAGGUUGAUGCUGAGUGCGUAGAAAGUUUUAUAGAGCAACUUAAAGCCAAAGUGAAGAGUGAAGUAGAUUAUUCAGACUUCCAAAUCUUAGAAGAGGAUUUAAAGAAGGAUUUGAAAACGGUUGGGAAUUUUAGAGUUCCGCUACGCCUGGCUCCUAUUGCAAACAGAAUCAAAGAUGGUUUUGAUGACAUUACUUCAGGCAGUUCACAGAGUGACUGUGCAGCUGAGCCUACCUAUAUUCUGUUCUGUGCUGCCAUCAAAGAGAUGGAUGAUCUCAAACUAGACCAGGUCAACGAGACUAAAUUAUUGUUGUGGCGAGAUGCAAUUAACAAUGCCCUCAACCUUCAAUUCAAUGUGGAUUUCGCCAUUAAGCACCUCUGUAAAAUUGCGUGUGCAUAUUUUGGUUUCAAAGUAAUGGAAGGGAAAAGCGGUGUAGAGAUGCUCAAGCUGAAGAAUGUAGAUGGGAAUAUGGAGGUCCCCGAAGAUUGUCUACGUGAUGCUGAACAUUUUAGCGGCAAGCCUCUUAGCACCGGUCUGUUCCCUAGUGAUUUUCUACCUUAAGCCAUGCCACCUUUAUGUUUCUGCCUUUCGUCUUUGUCUUUGUUACAUUUUAAUGUCUUUCUAUGUUUAAUGAAAUAGCAUUUAUGAUCUUAAA